AUUGUAUGACACUACAUCAUGAGUGACAGUAAAUGUGAUAGUCAGUUUUACAGUGUGCAAGUGGCAGACUCAACUUUCACUGUCCUAAAACGUUAUCAGCAGUUGAAACCAAUUGGCUCUGGAGCCCAAGGAAUUGUUUGGCGCCAUCAUUGCAGUGCCUUGCCAUUCAUUGGCAGGAUGAGGCCAGUCAGUGUCAUUAUCACACCAUGGAUUAACCAGGAAGGGAUGCUGUGUGAGGGGUUGGGCUGGCCGUCUCUUCCUUGGUGUCUCUCUUCAACUAUGUGUCCAGCCCAGGACGUCAGAACCGUUAGUCUGACCCUGAACCUUAGUCUCUUGCAUGGUAAGACAGUCAGCUGCUGCGACAUCACUGGCCAGCUAAAGUGCUGCUUUUGAUACAGUUCUUGGGAUAAAUGUUGCAGUCAAGAAACUAAGUCGUCCUUUUCAAAAUCAAACUCAUGCAAAGAGAGCUUACCGUGAACUUGUCCUCCUAAAAUGUGUCAAUCAUAAAAAUAUAAUUAGUUUGUUAAAUGUGUUUACACCACAAAAAACUUUAGAAGAAUUUCAAGAUGUGUAUUUGGUUAUGGAACUAAUGGAUGCUAACUUAUGUCAGGUUAUUCAUAUGGAGUUGGAUCAUGAAAGAAUGUCCUACCUUCUUUACCAGAUGCUUUGUGGUAUUAAACAUCUACAUUCAGCUGGUAUAAUUCACAGAGAUUUGAAGCCUAGCAACAUUGUAGUAAAAUCAGAUUGCACCCUUAAGAUCCUUGACUUUGGCUUGGCCCGUACAGCAUGCACCAACUUUAUGAUGACCCCCUACGUGGUAACUCGGUAUUAUCGGGCCCCUGAAGUUAUCCUGGGCAUGGGCUACAAAGAGAAUGUUGAUAUCUGGUCAGUAGGUUGCAUCAUGGGAGAGCUGGUGAAAGGUUGUGUGAUAUUCCAAGGCACUGACCAUAUUGAUCAAUGGAAUAAAGUUAUCGAGCAGCUAGGAACACCAUCAGCAGAGUUCAUGAAGAAACUUCAGCCAACUGUGAGGAAUUAUGUAGAAAACAGACCAAAGUAUCCUGGAAUCAAAUUUGAGGAACUUUUUCCAGAUUGGAUAUUCCCAUCAGAAUCUGAACGAGACAAAAUUAAAACGAGUCAAGCCAGAGAUCUGUUAUCAAAAAUGUUAGUGAUCGAUCCUGACAAGCGGAUCUCUGUAGAUGAAGCCCUACGUCACCCAUAUAUUACCGUUUGGUAUGAUCCCACUGAAGCAGAAGCACCACCACCUCAAAUUUAUGAUGCACAGUUGGAAGAAAGAGAACAUGCAAUUGAAGAGUGGAAAGAGCUAAUUUACAAAGAAGUAAUGGAUUGGGAAGAAAGAAGCAAGAAUGGUGUUGUAAAAGAUCAGCCUUCAGAUGCAGCAGUAAGUAGCAACGCCACUCCUUCUCAGUCAUCAUCUAUCAAUGACAUUUCAUCCAUGUCCACUGAGCAGACACUGGCCUCAGACACAGACAGCAGUCUGGAUGCCUCAACGGGACCCCUUGAAGGCUGUCGAUGAUAAGUUGGAAACAGCAAACUUGUCAUUGGCAAAGGAACUCUUGCUUCCAUGGUCCUGAAGUGCGUGGGAGUUGAUGGAACCAAAUAGAAAAACUCCAUGUUCUGCAUGUAAGAAACACGAUGCCUUGUCCCUACUCAGUUCUAAUAGGAUUGCCUGCUUAGAUUAUAAAAUGAAGCAGAUUAUGUCUGAAGAAAAAAAAAGUACAAGCCACAUUUUAGAGAUUUUGUUCAAGAUCAUUUCAGGUGAGCAAUUAGAAUAGAUGAAUUUUUACAAGUUGUAUGGUAAUAGUGGUGACAAUUCCUCAUCAUGUAACUGUUGGGACUUUAUGCAUGUGACCACAAAUGCUUGCUUGGACUUGCCCAUCUGGCACUUUGGAAAUCAGUAUUUAAAUGCCAAAUAAUCUUCCAGGUAGUGCUGCUUCUUAGAAUUAUCCAUUAAUUCUCCUAAGUAAUUUGGUGUUUGUCCAGAAAAAAAUAGAUUUAUGUGUGUUAAUUGGCCACCGUCACAUCUUACCCUCUUUUAUGGUAUGAUUUAUUCUAUCUUUUGUAUUUCAGAAGGAAUAUAAUUAAAUCUAUUUAAUAAAUAAACAUAUAGCUUUUCUUAAAUUUGUGAUGUUUUGGCCUGAGAAUUAUCAUUGCUAAAACAAGACACUUAUAUGGACACUGUGUUUUCUCUAAAUUGUCUGGUGUGGGUUGAUUGUCCAUUCAGCUCUACUGCAUGAUAAAACUUUUUAAGUUUUGCUUUGUGCUGCUUAAGACAUGUAUACCUUUGAAAUCCUGUGUACCUUACUACUUUUUCCUUGGUCUGCUGGACUUCUUAUUAAUUUAAAAUGUUACCUAGAACUUCACUUUCUUCAUCAAACACAUCACACUUCAUUUCCAUAACAUGCUGGCAAAUAGAUUCCUGAACACGUUGUCUAACAUCAGAGUAGAGCUUUUACAAAUGGUCUCUCGGAUCAUUGCAGUAAAUACCAAGUGCUUCCUUUGCCAGAGCCUAACCUGGGUCCUUUACUCAACUGUCAUGCAAGGUGAAAUACAAGAUGAAAUACAAAGUCAGCAUUUCCUUUGCCAACACCUCAUUCUAACUCAGGUUUCUUUCUUCACUGAAAGAAACCAGGUAAAUCCCUGUUGGUCUGUUUUAGAAGGUCCAGCUGACUCAGAUGCCUGUUUGUUGCUGUUUUCCAUUUUGAAGAGGCAUUUCCUUUUCAUAAGGGAAAUCCAUGAUUGUUCUGGGAAAACUCUUCAGAGGGAUAUGGAGGAAAUACCCUAGAAAGUAGUGAUUCACUAUUGAGUAUUUUCUGAUUUAAAACUGCUCACCUGAAAUUGAUACUUUCAGACUUCCUGAUUUGUAAUAAUUCAAAAUUUAUUAAGAUACUGAGUACUUACGUGUCACUGCAGAAAUGGAGUUAUAAUGAUCACAUUUUGGCUACUUGUGCUCAGAAUGUUUUGUCCCUUGAGCUUACUUUGUUACUGAUUCAUAUCUUGUGUUCAGUUACUUUGGAAACUAUUUGGUCAACAUUCUAUAGAAUGUGUUCUGAGGAAGAACUUUGAUAAGAAAGUUUAUCAUAAAUAUUAUCUGAAAGAUGUGAUUCUGUCUGCACCAGUUGUAUCUUAAUGGUCAGUCUUAUCACUGGAAACUAGAUCCCUUGAUGAACAAAAUUAAUCUUGAAAUAUAUAGUUUUAUAUUGUGUCAUUUAGACACUUUCAAGUAAAAAAUGGAAAGGCUAACUUGGAUUGAGGCAGAAAUAUCUAUUCUAAGGCUUGGGAUUAUUUAGCCCUGGAGGCCUGAUGGUCCAAGUAAGAAAGUUUUCACUGUUCACAUAUAAACAUCUUACAAUGGCCUUCUCUCUGAUACAUACUCUUUUAAAAAACUUCAAUAAAUCUAUCUUUUAACAAACAAAGAAAAGGGAGUUUUAGAACUGCAUUAUCUGCCCUAUACUGUGUAAAGGCAGCACACCAAUGACAAUGGCUCAUCCAGGUCCCACUUACAAGGAGAUAUAUAUAUGUAAGUGGAGUGAGGUACCCCACAGAGUGGCUUUCUAUUUACCCACCCAUUCCUCUACCCGUCCUGUGAGCCUGUUGUCACAGAUGGAACAUGCUGAUAUGGACAGGGUCUCCUACCAAGAUCCUUUUCCAUCAGGCACAGAACAGGUAACAGAGCUCCAUAGUAAUACCUCACUCCAGUUUCAGGGUCCUCCCUCCUGAGCCUAGAUUUGCCAGGGUCCUGGUGCAAUGCAAAUUGUUUCAAACUGAUCUCUGGAUAAAUGCUAAUGUUGGAUAAAGAACUGAAAAUUGUGCUCAACUUUUUCAUCUUUUCUAUUUUAUUUUUGUAAUUUAUAUUGUACACAACCCUGGAAGUAACUAUUUUGGACAUGUAUUUUUAUAACCAGGUAAUUUAUGAUUAUCCUGGAAUGUAUGGACUAGGUUUGUUUCUUUUGUUGGCUUAGUUUUCAGUCAAAACAGAAGUGACUGCCUCCCCUAUGUCUGGGUCUCAAUUUCAAGCGCAGGUUCGGGAAGGCAGGCAGAGUCCUGUCAGGGUAGAAGAGAGGUCUGGAAACACUGGCUGCACAGCAUCCAACAGCUUUGGCCCUACAGAUGGAACCAGGCUCUUAUCUUUGGGAUGUGAAACUCAAAAUCCCAGUGCUGAAAGAAGAAAGCCCACUGCAGGGUCUCUUGAUGACAUCCAGGGUCCAUAUUUGAAACUCUGAAUGUGACACUGGUUUAAUCCAGACUGAAUGCUGUGUAAGUCAUGAUAACAGUAUACGAAUUUGUCUGGUUGAUUUCUGAUGUAACUCCUCUGGUAUUUCAUACUGGUAGUAAAUACAGGUGUGACCUUUCAGAUUGCAUAUCUCAAAAGUAACAUUGCCUAAUGUUUUAUAAUAAAAUAUAUUAUGUGUGUUAUGAUUGGUGAAAAAUAAUACAGACUACAUUUUAAAAGAGAAA